AUGGACAUAAGCUACCUAAAUAAACAUUCAAUCAACCCAACAUUUAAAAAGUUUCUUGCUGUUGCAUUAGUGAUUUUUGACAUAGUCAUAUGUUCGAUUUUUGCCGGUCCGUUCAUAAUUCAUGCCGUAAUUAAGUAUUAUCGAAAUAAUUCAAGCUAUAGAAGUGAAAAUAUCGAUUAUCAUAAUCAUCUUCUAGACGAAAGGAAUAAAGUCUCAAGGCUGUUGAAGGUUUUUAAGCUGAUUCUAAGAACCUAG